GCAAUGUAAAUGCACCGUAGAGUUACCCUAGAAAGUAUUCUCUCAAGUCUAAAAACGGAUCGAUUUACUUAACCGCCAAGUUUCACGUGUCACCGUUAGAUCUACGCCAAGUGCGAGCCGGAAAGCUGUUUCCGCGUCACCGAUCGCGGAUAUACAGCUGAAUUCACAUCUCACCAUUUUCAUUUUUCCGGAGAUCAUCCAUCUAUCCAUUCCCAUUUUCCCUUUUCAUAAACCUAGGCACCGAAUUCUCUCAUCUUCUGGAAUUUCUAGUUUCACAAUUGUUCCGAAACCAUACGAGAAUGGGAGCUUCACAGAGUCGGGAAGGCCUUGAACUGUCCGACGAAUCGGACUACGAUGAAGACGAGGGCAGUGGAAGCGAAGAUCAGUACGGAGACGCUGAGGAUGAGAGCACACCGAACAAGACACCUGCUCAGGCCAGCCGCGAAACCCUAGACGACGUUGGUGCGAAGCUGGAAGCGUUGAAGCUGAAAUACUCUUCAGCAGAAAGGCCGAGCGGGAGUCGCAAAAACGCCGUCAAGCUAUACUUGCACGUUAAUGGUAACACGCCGAAGUGGGUGAUUAGCGAAAAGUUCGCCACCUAUGAAUUUGUAAAGAGAUUCAAAACUGGGGGCGAGGCAGAGGUGGAUGAGGACGAGUCAGGAUCAAGAGAUGAGGGAUUUUGGGCUUUGAAGGUGGGGAAGAAGAUCUCUGCUAGAGUUUCCACUGAUUUGCAGUUGAAGAUGUUCGGGGAGCAAAGGAGGGUUGAUUUCAUCGAUAAUGCAGUCUGGGCGUUGAAAUUCCCCACAGAUGAGGAGUACAGGGGUUUCCUCACCAAGUUUCAGGACUGUUUGUUCGAGAAUGUCUAUGGGUUGAGAGCAACCGAUGAUAACAAAAUCAAAGUGUAUGGGAAAGACUUUAUGGGGUGGCUGAAGCCAGAGGAAGCCGAUGAUAUGAUCUGGGAUGACCCUGAUGUGGGAGGGAAAAGCCCAGCAACGCCUGUGAGAGAUAGUAACGAGUUGCUGAAGGAAUUCGAGGAAGCUUCUUCCGGCGGAGGUAUACAGAGCCUAUCGCUGGGCGCUCUGGACAAUAGCUUCCUAGUGGAUUCUUCAGGAAUUCAAGUGGUAAAGAACUUCAGCCAUGGAAUACAUGGCAAAGGUGUGUAUGUGAGAUUUGAAGAUAGAGGCAGUAGGUGGGAUACUCCUGAAAAGCCAAAGAAGGCACUUUUGAUGCGUGGUGAAACUAAUAUGAUGCUAAUGAGUCCUUUAAAAGAAGGUAGCCCUCAUUCCACUGGCCUGAAUCAAUUAGACAUCGAGACUGGUAAAAUCGUUAGCGAAUGGAAGUUUGAAAAGGAUGGGACUGAGAUAACAAUGAGGGAUAUCACAAAUGAUACAAAAGGGUCCCAAUUGGAUCCUUCAGAAUCAACCUUUUUGGGAUUGGAUGAUCGUAGGCUUUGUCAAUGGGAUAUGCGUGACCGGAAGGGAAUGGUUCAGACAUUAGCCAAUACGAGCUCACCUGUAUUGAAUUGGUCACAAGGACACCAAUUCUCAAAAGGGACAAAUUUCCAAUGCUUUGCAACGACUGGCGAUGGAUCUAUUGUUGUUGGGUCAUUGGAUGGGAAAAUCCGUUUGUAUUCUAAGACUUCAAUGAGACAGGCAAAGACUGCAUUUCCUGGACUUGGUUCUCCUAUCACUAAUGUGGAUGUUACUUAUGAUGGCAAGUGGAUUUUGGGGACUACUGAUACAUAUCUGAUCCUCAUAUGUACGAUGUUCACGGAUAAGGAUGGGAAAACAAAAACUGGAUUUUCUGGUCGGAUGGGGAAUAAGAUUCCAGCUCCAAGAUUGUUGAAGCUCACCCCUGUUGAUGCGCAUAUGGCUGGACAUGAUAACAAGUUCCAUGGUGGUCAUUUCUCUUGGGUAACUGAGAGUGGAAAGCAAGAGCGGCACUUGGUGGCAACUGUGGGGAAGUUUAGUGUGAUUUGGAAUUUCCAGCAAGUGAAAGACACCGGGCAUGAGUGCUAUAAGAAUCAGCAAGGACUCAAGAGCUGCUAUUGCUACAAGAUAGUUCUCAAGGAAGAAUCCAUUGUUGAGAGUCGAUUCAUGCAUGAGAAGUUUGCCAUUAGUGACUCCCCUGAAGCUCCAUUGGUUGUCGCCACCCCCAUGAAGGUCACUUCCUUCAGCAUGUCUGGCAAGAGGCGCUGAAAAUAAUGAACUUUUUUAGUUUGGAGUGUAUACAAGUAGGAUUGUGUUCAUCUUGUUCAUCGCGUGUAAACUUUUUACUUAUUCUAUAUGCCUGAAAUCUUGAACUAAAUAUGUAAUUGGGUUUUCUCUCACGGGCUAUUUGUUAAUUGUUCUCAGGUCUUGUGACAAUUCAAAGUACUAAUGUACAAUCUCUUACUACGUCCAUCCCAUAU